ACACUCUUACGUCAUUCCCGUCCAAUCGUAAGGCAAGGUUGGGCCCCGGCAAACCGUAUUUAAAGAAGUGCCAGCCUAAGCGCUCAACUCGCCCAACUGUUCGUUCCGAGCGGCAGUAACUUACUUACUCACCAUGGCACGUACUAAGCAAACGGCCCGCAAGUCCACCGGUGGCAAGGCGCCCCGCAAGCAGCUUGCCACGAAGGCAGCUCGCAAAUCUGCUCCUGCCACUGGAGGUGUCAAGAAGCCCCACCGUUACAGGCCAGGAACCGUGGCCCUCCGUGAGAUCCGCCGUUAUCAGAAGAGCACCGAACUGCUUAUCAGGAAGCUGCCUUUCCAGCGCUUGGUGCGUGAAAUUGCCCAGGAUUUCAAGACUGACCUCCGCUUCCAGUCCUCCGCUGUCAUGGCCCUCCAGGAAGCUUCCGAGGCUUAUCUCGUGGGUCUCUUUGAAGACACUAACCUGUGCGCCAUCCACGCCAAGCGUGUCACUAUCAUGCCCAAGGACAUCCAGCUGGCUCGUCGAAUCCGUGGCGAGCGUGUGGCUCCUAUGGAGCCGGUGGUCGCAAUCGGUAAACCCUGCAGCCAUGCGGCUGGCAAGUAUGGUCACAGUCGGCGGCCGAUGGCGAAGACGUGGUUCAUAGGGCAGCCGUGGGUGACGUCGGCACGAUGUCCGUCCUGGCACGACCCCUCAUCUGUGCGUCCCUGGAUCUCAGCCCCACUGCCGGGAGUUUUGCAAGCAUCCCGGAGGUCAGUUUUAGGAGACUUCUUGGGAACCAAGCGUGCUGCCUGUCUGGAGUCUCCUCGUGCAGGGCCUGUAGUUCACGACAGUCCCAGGAGUGAACCCCUGGGACUGAACUCAAUGUCAUCCCCAUCCACAAACAGUGGUGCGGGGUUUUGUGGCAAGGGGAAUCACAGUGAACUUGGCCAUGUUGGUCCUGAUCCUCCACUCCUUCUCGAAGGCGUUGACGCGGGUGAUCUCUCUGCUGGUGCGGGCGUUCGUCAUUCUACUGGAGCGGCCUGGAUGGGGAAAGGUGGGCCGAUGUGGCCCCACUCUCACCCUGGCUGUCCUAUCCUCGAGGAAAUCACAGAGCAGGCGCUCAACCGGGCCAGGCAGACCCAGGUGAAGUAUCUUGUACUUCAAUCCAAGAUGCCAGACCCGGUCAAACGCCUUACUUACGUCCCUCAGAACCAAGUUGCAGCGGAAGCUGUUGGCCUGGUGCAGGGCCAUGCGCUCAACUCGCCCAACUGUUCGUUCCGAGCGGCAGUAACUUACUUACUCACCAUGGCACGUACUAAGCAAACGGCCCGCAAGUCCACCGGUGGCAAGGCGCCCCGCAAGCAGCUUGCCACGAAGGCAGCUCGCAAAUCUGCUCCUGCCACUGGAGGUGUCAAGAAGCCCCACCGUUACAGGCCAGGAACCGUGGCCCUCCGUGAGAUCCGCCGUUAUCAGAAGAGCACCGAACUGCUUAUCAGGAAGCUGCCUUUCCAGCGCUUGGUGCGUGAAAUUGCCCAGGAUUUCAAGACUGACCUCCGCUUCCAGUCCUCCGCUGUCAUGGCCCUCCAGGAAGCUUCCGAGGCUUAUCUCGUGGGUCUCUUUGAAGACACUAACCUGUGCGCCAUCCACGCCAAGCGUGUCACUAUCAUGCCCAAGGACAUCCAGCUGGCUCGUCGAAUCCGUGGCGAGCGUGCCUAAUAAGUGUGUCAUCCAAGGCAAGCAAGCAACAACAAACAAUAUCUAGGCCCUCUUCA